CAACAACAAMAACAAUAAUAAUAAUGGUGUUCAACUAUGUAUACGAUAUUAUUAUAAUACACGAUUGAAUUUUAUGCUUACAUUACAUGGAUUUCACUCAAUAAUGAUGGAGGAAACGAUUAUUACGGAGGACACCAGUCUGGAAAUGGAUGAUGGUAAAAACGACGACGAAAAUAGUAAGCGUUCCACCACUCGUCUGUUGUCCAGGUCGUUGAGCAAGGUAAGUAAUGUUACGUAUGACACCAAGAAGAACAUGGCGCAGGGGAUGAUGGACAUCGCGCUACUCACAGCCAACGCUAAUCAACUACGAUACAUACUAGAGUUCCGCGGGGUCAACUCUACAAAUUUCAUUAUACUGUUGGUGCUGAUUGCGUGCAGCCUCAUAUUACAAGUGAUUGUUGGAACUUGUCUCAUAUUCAAAGGUCGGAUGACUUGUAUCAGUUGCAGCACGUCCAAUGAAAUAACCAAAGUGGAUACCAUCAAAUUAAACAACUAUGUAGUCCUCGGAGUGUUUCUUAUAACUGUCAUCAACAUAUUCAUCGCAGCAUUUACAGUAGUACCGACUUAACAUUAUACUUAACACAAUAUGGUAGCUCACUGCACACUACCAACAAAAUGUUAUCUAUAGUGUAGAGUGCAGUAGUACUUGAUUCGUGAUCUUUACAGUUAUAUAACUUUGUUGUUUAAUAAAUUAACAAUUAUAUUAUACUUAUUAUAUAAGAAACAUCCAUACUCU